UCACAUGACGUCAUUCUGUUAUUAAUUUUUUUUCCUGGUGACCCUACACUGCCAUAUCAAGAUCUAGAUUCUAGAAUCUAGAGCACGGUGGAAACAAAAGUAAAAUCCUCUUUAGAUCCAGUCUAGAUCUUAUGUUACACUACAGUCAGGAUUUUAGAAAAUUACAGAUUAGUAGAGACUGACAGAAUGGAUUUAACAGGAGACAUGCCUGUAACUCUCACAAUAAAAGCCCCUAAUCAGCGCAUGGAAGAUCAAACAGUUGACUGUAUGCUUGGCUGGACAAUAAAGAAAUUAAAACAGCAUUUAGAAAAUGUCUAUCCAAGUAAACCGAAACAUAAUGAGCAGCGACUUAUUUAUUCAGGCCGCUUACUCCAGGAUCAUCUCACGCUGAAAGAAAUUUUACGCCAGUAUGAAGGUUCUGAAAUACCCAAUAAUAUCCAUACUGUUCAUCUAGUGUGUUCAUCUAGCGCAGACUCUUCCCCUUCCAGUGCCUCUGAAACUAAAGUAGCUGCUGAAAACUUACGUCCUCACAAAUCUUCCUCAAAUGUAGAUACCCCCAGAACAGAAGCAACACCUAACAUCUUGGGAGAAGGGUUAAGGCACAGAUUUACACAGAGUCAUGGAGAUGAUCACAAUUUUAGACAGCAUAUGCCACAUAAUAUCCACAAUACAAAUACUUUCCAAGAACAAGUCACCAACAUGAACCCUGAAUACCACUACUCACCUGAACAGUAUGCCUGGAUGAUGCAGAACUAUGCUUAUUCACAGUACAUGAUGCAGUAUAUGCAAUACUAUCAGGCUGCAUACUACUCAGGAUUACCUUAUGCUGGUCAAAUGUUUCCUCCAAACUUUGCACCCCAGCCAGUCACAAGUACAGACAGACAGGCACAGCCUCAACAGCAGGUUCCUGCUGCUGGCCAGGCCGCCAGGGCUAAUGUGAGAAUGAAUGCCCAGGGUGGUGUGGAGGAGGAUGAUGAAGAAGAAGGGGAGCCAAGGGAUUGGCUACAUCAUGUUUACUUCUUUAUGCGAUUCCUCACUUUCAUGGGUAUCCUGUUCUUCUACUCCAACUUGACUAGGUUCUUAGUUGUCUUUGCUGGAUCCAUUUCAAUUUAUAUACUCCAGAAAUUGAGAAAAUAUUGGCAGAGGGCACAGAGAGAACAGCAACAACGACAGGAACAACAGCAACAACAGCAGCAGCAACCUGACCAAGCUGAGCCAAAUAUAGAAAGAAAUCCUUCAGAUAAUGAGCCGGAGCCGAGGACUGAAACUCCGAAUGAAGAUGCUCAGCAAGAUGCACAAGCAGAGCAAGUGAAUGAAGGAAACAGGGUUUAUGGGGCCUUGUUGUUUGUAUGCACUACCAUUCAGUCCUUCUUCAUGUCUCUGUUACCCACUCCACCUGAGCUGCUGGAGGCCAACUGACAUUGGCUGGAGAGAGUGAACACCUUCAUUGGCUUUAGUGACACUAUUGUAUACAGUCAUCUUCAUCUCUGCUAUUCGUGGACUUGUUAGACUCAGCCAGACAUUGCCUUAUCAUUUCACAAGUCAUACAGUGUUGUGUUGCUUAAUGUGAAUAGGCGAGUGUUCUGGACUCACGGAAUUUACUGCUGUUUGUUAACUAAUAAAAAGGGGAAGAAAAAAAAUCUUCUGGAGUUAAGGUUCAACCAACCUUCCGUCUAGCUGCUUGUUUUGACCUAGUAUCAUUACUGUUAUUAUUAUACAGUCUGAGGUUUCAUUCUUGUAAACUGUCAGCACUGAAAUCCUAGCUAAAUUAGAAUAUUACAGUAGAGAUGAACAAAAUACUGAUAAUUACAAUAAGGUACCGGUAUGUCUCUAUUAACCUAUUAUUUCGUUUUAUGAAAACUAGUCCUAACUUUUCAGUAAGGUAGCUUGGCAAUUCAAAAAAAAAAGAUCUCCAAGUGAUGCGAUCCCAUUUAUGUAAUAAAGCCCAGUGUCUUUAUCCUAUUCAUAGAAUUAACUGUGGGUGGGAUAUCACUAGAAAAUGAUAAAAAACAUUUGCUGAAUUGAAGUUUCAGUGAUUCCUGUAUCUGGCAUGCACUAUGAUUCUAUAUAUGCAUUUGUGUUAUCAAUUUUAAGCUAUAUUCACAUUUCCCCUCAAUUGAACAAAAGUGUUAUUGACCCUCCCAGUAGUUCAGUAAAAUAAAUGUUUGCAAUACAAUUGUAAAAGCUUUUUACCUCUGUCUUGUCAAUCAGAACAUUUGCUACUGCUAUAUGUGAACUCCUAAUUAAUGCCAUUUUUAAUUAUUUAAUUAUUACCACUUAAACCUGUUGUUUUCCUCAGACACCAUUUUAUUGGAAAUAAUAAUUUUUGUUUCAUACAUGCCGGUCAUUAAAAAGUCACCAGCGGAGAGUUUUCUUUCAUUUUCUUCUAUAUUUCACAUUUUUAUGAAGCCAAAAGUUUCAGUGUUCACAUGUUGAGGAAAGAGGACUUUAUUGACUUCCAGCACUCUGUUCAUAAUGUAAAUACAUCUCUCAUAGAGCUUGGUGUCUCCAAUUCAGACCUGAUAGUUCUGCCAUUUGUUGAAUUUAUUGAAUAUUUAAUGAAAGUGGGUUCGUUCUCCUCAGUAAAUAGAAGUUAAGCUUGUUGAAUUUUUUAAAUACAUUUUUUUUUUUAAUUUCUUAAUUUAUUCAUAUUUUUAUUUCAUAAGUUGUGUUAUUGCAAAUUUGUGAUUUUACUUUCUCUUCUUGUUGUUUUUGGACUAAUUAUAUUUUGUUGUCAUUUUUUUUUUGGCUGGCACAGAUAAUUGUUUAUUAAAUCAUUUAAAUCUGAAACUGUUUACUUUUUAGGUCCCCCACUCAACAUACAUAUAUAUACAUAUAUUUAAAUAAGACGUGACUGUUUUAGAAUUGUUAAUUGUUAUCAACAAGAAAACCAUGAAAUGUGAUUGAAGAGAAAUCCAACAUGUAGACAUUUCUCAUUUUAUUGUCAAUAUUCUGAGACAGCCAAUGAUAAGUUGCUUUGAGGCUCUAGUUUGUACUACUUUCUGUGUUGGUAACCUCAUAGCCUCAUUUGUGAUAUUGUUCAUAGUUGAUGGAAUAAAUACAGUUGCUUA